AUGACAGUGUUCUGUGGAACUGCUUUUCAUACUCCGAGUCGGCACGAACUGGAGGUGCUUCGGGAUAUUCUGAUGGUUGUCAAUGAUGCUGAUGGAACUAUUAAGCGUAUUGUGCAUUCAUCAGAAAGUGAUUACAAGAACAUACGGGAAGAAGCUACUUCAACAGGAAAGCUCAUAACACUCGGUCCAGGACAGUUUUUAAUUCCCGGACUAGUUGAUUUACACAUUCACGCUCCACAAUGGCCUCAGCUUGGCAAAGCCCUUCACCUCCCACUAAAUGCUUGGUUACAGGAAAAAACGUUUCCACUAGAGGCGAAAUAUAAAGACGUAAAUUUUGCAAAAAAAGUGUAUACCUCUUUGGUGGAAACAUUAUUGGCGAAUGGUACUACCACUGCUGUUUACUUUGCCACAAUUCAUUUGGAGUCCAGUCUAGAGCUGGCUAAAAUAUGUUUACAGAAAGGUCAGCGAGCAGUGGUUGGUCGUGUGGCAAUGGAUAUUCCUGAACAUUGUCCAGAUUUUUACCGUGAUGACAGUGCAACUGAUUCUGUGAAUAAUAGUGCUGCUUUCAUUGAAGCUGUAAAAGCAUUAAAGGGUAAUGAAAAUGGUUUUGUGCUUCCAUCUGUGAUUCCCCGUUUUGUUCCUACGUGUAGUACAGAGGCUCUUCGUGGACUUGGUGAACUUGCAAAGCGGUAUGAUUGUCAUGUCCAGACUCAUUGUUCAGAGUCAGAUUGGGAACACAAUCAUGUGAUUGAUCGUUUCAACAAACAUGAUGCAUUUGUAUUGGAUGAAAUGGGUCUUAUGACGAGACGCACUGUUUUGGCACAUUGUAAUUUUCUUUCUACAGAAGACAUGGAACUCAUCCAAAGUCGAGGUAGUGCUAUAGCUCAUUGUCCAUUGUCAAAUUUCUAUUUUUCCAAUGCUGUCUUUCCAUUAAAGAAGGCACUUGAUAAAAAUCUUCACGUUGGAUUGGGUACAGAUAUUUCUGGUGGCCACAGCCCAUCGGUGUUGGAUACCUGUCGUCACGCUGUUGCCGCUUCCCGCCUACUGGAAGACGGUGUGGACCCGAACAAAAAUGCGGAGGAGCGGAGUGACUGGAAAGACUCCCGUGUAAACUUCAUUGAAGCGUUUUGGCUCGCAACAACACAGGGUGGGGUAUCCCUUGAUCUUAACGUUGGCAAAUUUGCUCCGGGAUACGCUUUUGAUUGCUUGGUUGUGGAUGUGAAUGCACCUGGAAGUAAUGUAAGGGUUUUUGAUAGCGAAGAUUCCUUGGAAGAUGUUUUUCAGAAGAUUGUGUACAACGCGACAACUGCAAAUAUUAAGCAAACUUGGGUCAAUGGAAAACUGGUACACCAGCUGUGA